UUAAACAUUCAACAAAAUGCGUUUGUUUUUGCCAUUGACUCUUGCCAUCAUCUUUGUUUUGGCAAUUAUUAACGCUCCUUCUGUGGAAUCAACAGCUGUUGCCGAUCCUGAAGCUGAUGCAUUGGCUGAUGCACUUGCCGAUGCCGAUGCUGAAGCAAUGGGUAAAGCAAUGGCUGAAGCUUUGGCUAAUGCAGAUCCAUCUCUUUUGGGCAAGUUAAAAGAGAAAGCAUUGAGUAUUUUGGCAAAAGUGGCUCCGUCUCUUCACGCAAAACUUUCAAAACUUUUAAAAGGAAAAUAACAACGCACGGCACAAAAACCAUAAACGACAGGAGAAAAGCAUAAAUGUGUGCAAACAAUAAUUGUAAAACAAUAUUUGUGAAAUUUAUGAAUUAUGAAUUAUAAAGUUACUUAAAACUGAAUAAAUAUUUGCAUCAAUAA